ACAGAGGUGGGGGCCCUUGGCUUCCGUAUCCUGGCUCUUGCUCAGGACCUGCAGGGCAUGUAGUAGUGUUCCCAGCACUGCAUGUCCGAGUGUAGAGAGGCAGCAGGAAGAUGGAAUUCGGAAGGAUUUCAGCUCCAGGCUUGCCAGUGGGCCGAUUUCAGCAUUUUUUAAGAAGAGCGUCAGCUCCUCAAGAGGAACCAGACAUGGAGGACCCUCCCCCCUAUCUCACAGUGGAUGAACUUCUAGGGAAGCAAAGGAAAGUCUACCUGGAGACCUAUGGCUGCCAGAUGAACGUGAAUGACACAGAGAUAGCCUGGUCUAUCCUACAGAAGAGUGGCUACUUGCGGACCAGGAACCUCCAAGAGGCUGAUGUGAUCCUCCUUGUCACAUGUUCUAUCAGGGAGAAGGCUGAGCAGACCAUCUGGAAUCGUUUACAUCAGCUUAAAGCCCUGAAGACAAAACGGCUCCGCUCUCGAGUACCUCUGAGGAUUGGGAUUCUAGGCUGCAUGGCUGAGAGAUUGAAGGAGGAGAUUCUCAACAGGGAGAAAAUGGUGGAUAUUUUGGCCGGUCCAGAUGCCUACCGGGACCUUCCUCGUCUGCUGGCUGUUGCCGAUUCAGGCCAACAAGCUGCCAACGUGCUGCUCUCUCUGGAUGAGACCUAUGCCGAUGUCAUGCCAGUCCAGACAAGCCCCAGUGCUACUUCAGCCUUUGUGUCUAUCAUGCGAGGCUGUGACAACAUGUGCAGCUACUGCAUUGUUCCUUUCACACGUGGCCGGGAGAGGAGUCGGCCUGUUGCUUCCAUUCUAGAGGAAGUGAGGAAGCUUUCAGAGCAGGGGCUGAAAGAAGUGACACUUCUUGGUCAGAAUGUUAAUAGUUUUCGGGACAGUUCAGAGGUCCAAUUCAACAAUGCUGUGUCUACUAACCUCAGCCGUGGCUUUUCUACCAACUAUAAACCCAAGCAAGGGGGCCUUCGUUUUGCUCACCUUCUGGAUCAGGUCUCCAGAGUAGAUCCUGAAAUGAGGAUCCGUUUUACCUCUCCCCACCCCAAAGACUUUCCUGAUGAGGUUCUACAGCUGAUUCAUGAGAGAGACAACAUCUGUAAACAGAUUCAUCUACCAGCCCAGAGUGGAAGCAGUCGUGUAUUGGAGGCUAUGCGGAGGGGAUAUUCAAGAGAAGCUUACAUGGAGUUAAUUCAUCAUAUCAGAGAAUCUAUCCCAGGGGUGAGCCUCAGCAGUGAUUUCAUUGCUGGCUUUUGUGGUGAGACGGAGGAAGAUCACCUCCAGACGGUGUCUUUGCUUCGGGAAGUUCAGUACAACAUGGGCUUCCUUUUUGCUUACAGUAUGAGACAGAAGACCCGGGCAUAUCACAGGCUGAAAGACGAUGUCCCAGAAGAGGUAAAAUUAAGGCGUUUGGAGGAACUUAUUACUGUCUUUCGAGAAGAAGCAACGAAAGCCAACAUGGCCUCUGUGGGUUGUACCCAGCUAGUCCUGGUGGAAGGGCACAGUAAACGCUCUGCUUCUGAUCUGUGUGGCCGGAAUGAUGGAAACCUUAAAGUGAUCUUCCCUGAUGUAGAGAUGGAGGAUGUUAAUAACUCCGAGGUCAGGGUCAGAGCUCAGCCGGGGGACUAUGUGCUGGUGAAGAUCACGUCCACCAGCUCUCAGACGCUUAAAGGACAUGUUCUCUGCAGGACCACCCUGAAGGACUCCUCAGCAUAUUGCUGACCUGAGCGGAUGGCCUUAGGGUUGACAUGUGCUGUCCUUGCCGACAGGAAAGGAGAUUUGACUGGUCACUCGUGAAAGCGAUAACAAGGCUCUGGAGACAAACUGCAAGUGGUGAAGCAACUGUAUGUCCGAUGGGAAAUGUGUCUCUUUGCUGCUAUGUGAACAGCUUUUACAGCCAUUAAAUUUACGGAAAGUAAA